CCUCAGUAUCGAUACUAGUGUUGCUCUUGAAUUUUCGAUACGGAUACAACCAUAGAUAUUAUAGACUUAGUCUCGCCGCCCAGACCAUUCCCCAGCCGGCCUACAGUCAUGGGGGUCUGGGGCGGCGAGACUAGAUACUACUCGAUACUGGCCCAGUAUCGUUGUAUCGAUAAUAUUUCAAUAGUAUCGCCCACCACUAGUAGGUGGCCACUGGCCAGCAAGCAGCGCAGCCAGGAGCUGCUUGCAAUGGCUAGUUCUAAAAAUAAAGAUAGCAUCUCUACUACAAAUCAACUGAAGGGAAGAUCCCAUCACCGCACUGUAUCAGUAGGUGAUUCAUUGUAUGUGUGGGCUGGUCAUCAGGAUGGUUUACCUGAAGUACAUGAUAGUGAAGAGAAGAGAAGGAUCACUAGUAAUAUACAGCACUUUACUCCUUCAACUGGUCAAUGGAUCACUAGAGGUACUACUGGUAUUCCUCCAUUAGGAGUGAGAGCAUACUCCUGUACUGCAAUAAAUGAUCAAUUGUAUUAUUUCGGGGGCUAUUGUGGCCAUGACGACUGCCGUCACAACAGUAUUACACAACUGGAUACUGUUAGUCUUCAAUGGAGAGAAUUAGAACCAACUGAUGCAACUAGACCAGUUAUGAGGAGAGUUGCUGGUGGAAUGAUAUCAUUUGAACAUGAUGGAGUACACCAUUUACUAAUGAUAGGAGGGUAUGGAUCUAAACCAGCUGUACAACUACCUCAUUAUAAAUAUAUUAAGUUAUCUGAUGGAAAAUGGCGUACUAAUGAGCACUCAAUGUAUAAUCUAUCAUCAAGAAAAUGGAGUAAUCCUUCAAUCAUUGGUCAGUGUAUACCACCUGCUAGUCACUUUGUCAUUGAAAAGAUCAACAACACUAGAGCUGUUCUGUUUGGUGGAGUAGUGACUGAUGAUGAUGCUAAGGAUACUAGAACUAACAAUAUUUAUAUAUUAGAGAUAUCAAUCAACACUGUGUUCUGGCAGUGUAUAAAGAAACCUGAAGCUAUAGACCAAUGGCCUGUGGCUAGAUGGUUACAUGCAGGUGCUAUUAUUAUAACUGGAUCAGACUGUCCUAUGCUAGUGAUAAGUGGUGGGGAGGAUAAGAAUGAUGAUAUAUUAGAUGAUUGUUGGAUCUUUAACAUCACUCAACAUUCCUGGAUAAAGUUAGGUGUACCUCACUCUGUUAGUAAGAGAUCUAAUCAUUCUCUCUCAGUGUUCAUUAUGAGUCCUCAUUGUGUCUGGAUAAUAACUGCUGGAGGAUUUGUUGAUAAGAGAUUGACAUUAGUCACUAAUCCUAACAUUGUUAUGCUAACUGAACUAGAAUACAAGAAGAAGUAUCAGCAGCAACUACAGACAGUAAGAAGAAUAUGGUUGGAGGAGUACCAGAAACCAAGAAAAGGAGAUACAGCCGAUAUUGAGCAAACCGUACAAGCUCUUAUUCAGAGUCUUGAAGAGAAGGAGAGAGAAGCACAAGUUUAUCAUCAACAAUUCAAGCAGAAGGAAAGAGAAGAAGCAGAGAAAGAGCAAGAAAUAAGAAGAUAUCGUCAUCAGCUACAGGAGAAGGAUAGGGAGCAUCAGGUAGUACUGCAGGAGAAGGAUAUAGAACAUCAGGUAGUGCUACAAGAGAAGAAUCUAUUAAUACUACAGAAGGAUGAAGAGCAUCAGAAAAUAAUACAGGAGAAGGAUAGGGAGCAUCAGGUGAUACUGCAGGAGAAUCAGGAGGCACUGCGACAGAAGGAUAGGGAGCUACAGGAGAAGGAUAGGCAGCUACGUCAAUCUCAAGAGGCAGCUCAUAG